UGAUUGGUCGACUGCUGCUGUUCCGCUUUCCUUGUUGCUGUAUUUGUGUGUGUGCUGCUGUUGGAGCCCGGUCUGACUGUGUGGAGAACAGGAGAAGCUGCUCCUGGUGCCAGCUGACAGGAGGGUGAGCUAAAAAAAAGUCACUAUUCAACAUGACGACAGAAUCGCCACGACGUCCAAGUCGCUGUACAGGAGGAGUCAUGGUUCGGCCUCAGGCUGUUACGGAGCAGUCAUAUAUGGAAAGUGUUGUUACAUUUCUUCAAGAUGUUGUUCCACAGGCUUACAGUGGAUCACCUACUACAGAAGAAAAAGAGAAAAUAGUUUGGGUGCGGUUUGAAAAUUCAGAUUUGAAUGAUACAUACAGGAAUAUGGAGUUUCAUGAAAUGCACAAUACGGGCAACGAACCCCCUUUGCUUUUGAUGAUUGGAUACACAGACGGCCUGCAGAUUUGGAGUAUACCGGUUAGUGGAGAAGCUCAGGAAUUGUUCUCUGUUCGACAUGGUCCAGUACGGUCUGCACGAAUCUUGCCUUCUCCUCAAAUAAGUCCCCAGAAGGCUGACAGUUUUUCUGAAAAGAGACCACUGCUUGGAAUGUGCAAAAGUACAGGUUCUUGCAGUACAAGCCAACCUUUCUGCUGUGUGGAUUUAUACUCUUUACGGACUGGUGAGAUGGUGAAAUCAAUUCAGUUUAAGACACCGAUCUAUGAUUUGCACUGCAACAAAAGGGUGCUUGUGGUGGUGCUGCAAGAAAAAAUUGCUGCUUUUGAUAGCUGCACGUUCACCAAGAAGUUUUUUGUGACAAGCUGCUAUCCCUGUCCUGGGCCAAAUAUGAAUCCUAUUGCUCUGGGGAGUCGCUGGCUUGCAUAUGCGGAAAAUAAGCUUAUCCGAUGCCACCAGUCUCGUGGAGGUGCAUGUGGAGAUAAUAUUCAGUCAUAUACCGCCACAGUUAUAAGUGCUGCCAAGACUCUAAAGACUGGUCUUACAAUGGUUGGAAAAGUUGUUACCCAACUUACUGGUACACUGCCUGCAGGAUCUUCAGAUGAAGACCUAUCAACACAUAGCAACAUCAGGCGUAGUCCUCUUGUUCCGGGAGUUAUCACUAUUAUUGACACAGAGACUGUUGCUGAGGGACAGGUUCUUGUCAGUGAAGAUUCUGAUGGUGAAGGCAUUGUUGCCCAUUUUCCAGCUCAUGAAAAACCAAUCUGUUGUAUGGCAUUUAACCCAAGUGGAAUGUUGCUGGUUACUUCUGAUACACUUGGACAUGAUUUCCAUGUAUUCCAGAUCCUUACUCAUCCUUGGUCUUCUUCCCAAAGUGCUGUUCAUCACUUGUACACUCUGCAUCGUGGAGAGACUGAAGCUAAAGUGCAGGACAUUUGCUUCAGCCAUGACUGUCGAUGGGUAGUGGUGAGCACUCUUCGUGGCACUUCCCACGUAUUUCCAAUAAACCCAUAUGGUGGUCAACCAUGUGUCCGGACACAUAUGUCUCCCCGCGUGGUAAACCGCAUGAGUCGCUUUCAGAAAAGUGCAGGCCUGGAAGAGAUUGAGCAGGAGCUUACUUCAAAGCAAGGGGGCAGAUGCAGUCCUGUGCCAGGUUUGUCCAGCAGUCCAUCUGGGUCUCCCUUACAUGGAAAACUUAACAGUCAAGAAAGCUACAAUAAUUUUACCAAUAAUAACCCAGGAAACCCACGACUCUCACCACUUCCCAGUUUGACAGUAGUGCUACCACUCGUUCAAAUAAAGCAGCCAAUGACAUUGGGAACCAUCACAAAACGCACAGGUCCUUACCUGUUUGGAGCAGGAUGUUUUUCCAUUAAAGCUCCUUGCAAAGCCAAGCCAGCUCCACAGAUUUCCCCAAGCAAGUCAACAGGAGGAGAGUUUUGUGUUGCUGCUGUGUUUGGUUCAUCCCGAUCCUGGUUUGCCAGUAACCAAGGCAUCAAAAGGGACAAAGAUCAGUCCAAGCAAUAUGUGGUGGAAUCAUUGUACAUCAUAAGCUGUUAUGGAACGCUAGUAGAACAUGUGUUGGAACCUCGACCUCUGAGCACUGCACCGAAGAUAAGUGAUGACACACCUCUGGAAAUGUGGACCUCGCCACGUGCCAGCUGGACUCUAGUUAGGACUCCUCAAUGGAAUGAACUACAGCCACCGUUUAAUGCAAACCAUCCUUUGUUAUUGGCCUCUGAUGUGGUACAAUACUAUCAAUACCUGCUAGCUGGCUUGGUGCCACCUGAAAGUCCUGGCCCCCUCACACGGCAUGGAUCUUAUGAUAGCUUGGCCUCAGACCACAGUGGCCUGGACGAUGAAGAAUGGCUUUCACAGGUGGAGAUAGUCACACAUACAGGACCUCACAGAAGACUGUGGAUGGGACCUCAGUUUCAGUUUAAGACUAUCCAUCCCUCUGGCCAAACAACUGUGAUUUCUUCUAGCUCCUCGGUCCUCCACUCACAUGGUCCAAGUGACACCCCACAGCCAUUGCUGGAAUUUGAUACAGAUGAUCUUGAUCUAAACAGCCUUAGAAUCCAACCUGUCCGCUCUGAGCCUGUAAGCAUGCCAGGGUCUCCCCGGCCUACUGUCGAUCGAAGGGGAGGUUCAACAGUUAUUGAUGCCAGCUCAGGUGCCUAUGACAGAAGUGUGACACUGCUGGAAGUAUGUGGUAGCUGGCCAGAGAACUUUGGCUUACGCCAUAUCUCUUCAAUUGAAAGCACCGAUGAGGGUCUCCGUGAACGGCUGGCUGAUGCCAUGUCUGAAUCUCCAAACCGAGACGUAGUGGUAUCAGGAACAGGUACAAAAAAGAGAACUUCAGCGAGACGGAAGCAUAGAGACCCUAAGUAACAGUUCUGGAUCUACCAGUGGCAGUAUACCAUGCAACUUUGAUGGUUAUAGGACAACUCUCCCAUGCAAUGAAAAUCAACCUUUAAGCCUCUAUCCCUCAGGACUUCUGUGAAAUGCAAUGUAACCGAAUAGAGGUUUAUUGUUUUAAUGCAACAUAAUAGCUUACUUUCUUUGAUCUUUAUUGCUAUCCAUGUCACCAAUAGCUUAGAGCAUUUAGGGUACAAUUGGAAAUAUUAGAACAGGAAUGGUUUGUCCUUGUGUUCUCUGGACUUGCUUGAGUAGUAGUACACAGACAAUCGUAAUGUGAUUUCUGCCUGCAUAGGUAAAGUGCAGUGGCAUGAAAUAUACACUGGCAAUUAUGGGACAUGUAUUUAUUUAGAGAUAUAACUAAAAGGGAAAUGCACACUCAUAUUGAACAAUAUUACUGUAAUUUCAUAGCCUACAUAUAUACAAUUGUGCUAAUGAUUCCCUAUGAGAUAAAUACAAGGAGUUAAGCCACUGUAUCUCCACUUUGUUAUAGCGGUAACCAAGGUGAAUGUUUGUGUAAUAAUAACCAAUAUUAGUUCAGGCUAGAAGGUCCUCAUUUACUUUGAGCCUAGGAUCAUGAUUGUAACAUUUCCACACACUUUUUCCAUUAUAGCUGACACAGCUUUGUUGUAAAGACAUGGAUAUUUUUAACAAAUUUAUCCUAUUAUGACAUGAAUUCCUGUCCUUGGAAUCCUGAUGUUCUCUUCCAAGGCAGUGGCUCUGUUAUUUUUUCCAAAUGGGAUAGACAGCUUUAAUCUAAGGGGAUCAAGUUGUGGUAAAAGAAAUAGACACAAUGAAGAGGAGAAGUCAUUUGGUUCCUCAUUGCCACUGGAGAUAUGUAUCAUUUAGAGUGAAAAGUCUAUUCUAUUCCGGGGCUAUAAUACUGCAUGCCGUGGGGUGUUUGUUCUAUAUCUAUUUCUAUUGCUCUUUAUUAGUAUUAUAGGAUGAUUUCUUCAACAACUGGUGUGCAUAUGCCUUGUUCCUUUUAUUACCUAUCUUGCACAAUCCUAGGUAACAAAUAUAUUCUGAAAUGUCAAUUUUCUGCCUGUGAAAAUCAUGAAUAUUAAAAAUGAACAAUAGUAUUGCUGAUAAUAUAAACUUAAAGGGGUCUUUCAAUUUAUUUAAAAAACAAAAAAGAAACACAAGUACAAAUUGUUAUUCUUGUAAAAUAGUAAAGUGCAGCAUACUCAACUUGCCGGCCCACCCUCAGCGCACUGGUCUGCCCUAGUCCUUCUGUUUAUCGGGCUCUGACAGGUCUGCUGCUGAUGUUCAGGAAAGUAUGCUGUAGUUUGCCAUUUUACAGGCAAACUUUUUUUUUUCCCAAUAAAUCCUAAUACUCCUUUAAUAGCAUCUAUCAUGGUAUUCUAAAGGGGUUGUCCAGGUCUGAUUUUUAAUCCUGAAACCUUGCCAUUCUUGUCAAUGAGCUAUUUCUGAUAUUGCAGCUCACCCCUAUUUACAUGAUUUUGACCGAAUUGUAAUUCCAAACAAAGCCCUGGACAACCCAUAAAAUAAAUUUUUUACUGUUGCCAUAAAGUACUUUGAAGAAUCUGACAACCAAUCUCAUCUAUUCAUCAAUGUGUGAUCAUACAUCUUCAAAUAGUUGACUGCAUGAUAGCAAAAUACAUUGCAAUAGAAUCUUUUUUUGUGGGCAGCUAAUGUCUUAGCAAAAUGUCUUAACAAAACCAAGUAGAUAUGUGAAAGCAUUUGUUGUCAUUCAGAUGUAUUGCUACACACUAAGCAUAAUGGACUUUAUUAAAGGAGUACUCCACUGAAACACAUGAUUUUAAAAAAAUCAACUGGUGCCAGAAAGUUAAACAGAUUAGUAAAUUAGAAAAUCCGAGAAGGAGAGAGCCCACCAAGUAGCACCCCAAGUAGGUGGAAAAAGCAAACAUACGAUACCCCCAGGUAACUGUGAGGAGCGUCCGGACUCACUUCAAUAUAUACGCAGCACCUGCAGGGUGCACACACUAGGUGAAGUGUCGGAAUAUGCAAAAACAAAGAGAAAGUAUGCACUCACCGCAGGUUAGCUGCUACGGGCUCCGAGUCCGGG